AUGGUGUCACUUGAUCUCAUCCACGCUUCGAAUGCUCAGCUAAGAGAGCUGGGUCCUGGUCUUGUAGCUCUAUUUGUUGGUGGUACCAGUGGAAUCGGAGAAUAUACACUCAAAGCCUUCGUCCAAAACACAAUUUCACCUCGUGUUUAUCUGAUUGGUCGUUCAGCACCAGCAGCAGAGCGGAUCAUUCAAGAAUGUCAGAUCCUGAACAAAGAUGGCAAAGUGGAAUUUCUGCCUGCCAAUGUAUCGGAGUUAGGAGAAGUCGACCGUGUAUGCAAAGAAAUCAUGAAGAAGGAGUCGAAAAUAAAUUUGCUUGUGCAAAGUCAAGGGAAUAUGGCCAUGUCCGGAAGAGAUGAAUCACACGAAGGUAUCGACAAGAAAAUGUCGCUAAGCUACUACUCUCGCAUGCGCUUUAUAAACAACCUCCUUCCCCUUCUCACAACCGCCAGCACCACGGCACCACACUUCUCACGCUCCCUCUCAAUCCUAAGCGCCGGCUGGGAAUCAACCAUCAACCUCUCAGAUCUCGAACUCAAAAAGUCUUUCUCACUCGGUAAAUGUGCAGAUCACACCAUCACCAUGAACAGUCUCAUGACCACCGAAUUCGCAAAACGAAACACAGGAACAAGUUUCGUACAUUCAUACCCUAGUAGUGUAAACACCGGUUUAUCCAGAGAAAUGCCAUUCUGGGCACGCACGCUAGUAAAAAUUGCAACGCCUUUGUUCAAACCUUUUUUCGUUGGCAAUGACGAGACCGGGGCGAGACAGUUGUUUCUUGCGACGAGUGGGAUUUAUCCGCCGUUGAAGACUGGAAUGGGGUUCAGUGCUGGGAUGAAGCGGCCGAAGGGGAUGGAAGUUGCGAUGGGAACGGAUGGGGUGGUGGGGAGUGGUGGAUAUCUUGGGAAUUGGACUGGUGCGCCGGCGGUGAGGAAGCAGGUUUUGGCGAAGUAUAUGGAGAACGGUGUUAGUGGUGUUGUUUGGGAUCAUACGAUGGGGAUCUUUGAGAGGGUUGAGAAGGUGAAUGCUGAAAGGAUUAAGAAAGUUGAAGUCUGA